AUGGAUCUUCACCCAAAUUCGAUUUCUUUCUAUAUAAUGUUCAAAGGAUGGUUACAGAAGGGCAACUGGGAAGAAGCUAGCGAAGUGUUUGAUGAAAUGCUUGAAAGAAAAGUUAAACCAAGUGUUGUGACUUAUAGUCUUAUUGCCUUUUUGUGUAGCAAGGAUGAUGCGGAGGAAGCCAAGGAAACUAUUGUCUUGCUUGUGGCUGUUGCGUUAUUUGCUGUUGGGAGGAGUGUAACUGUUGGCGUAGUUCUGCCGCAGAAUGCUAAGAUAUUCCAUAGCACAAGCUCCGGGCUCAUUAUAUGUUUAAUUAAUUCUGCUAAUGUUCAUGUGCAGCCCUUCACAUGGCUGCAGCUUCACAUGGCUGCAGCCAAUGGACAUCUUGGCAUUGUGGAUUAUCUUGUCAGCAGAGAAGUGGAUGUCAAUGCUUCUAAUGAGGAGAAGAACACACCUCUUCAUUGGGCUUGUCUCAAUGGACAUAUUGAGGUGGUUAAAAAAUUGAUUCUGGCUGGAGCAAAUGUAAGCAUGUUAAACAGCCACAAGCGGACUCCAAUGGAUGAAGCUGUGAGUAGGGGAAAGAUGGAUGUCAUUGACGCAAUUAAUGCAGCAGCAGCACAAGUUGAACUUGGUGAUGUCUCAGUUUCCUAA